AUGAACGCAACCCUAAACAUAACCACCAACCCAAAUGUGAAAGCGGAUCCAAAUGUGAACCCUAACCCAAACAUGGGCGUCAAUCAUAGGGACAACGCAAACGCAAACGUGAACGCGAAACCAAACGUGAACUCAAAUCCAAACGUGAACGCCAAAUCAAACGUGAACACGAAUCCAAACGUGAACGCGAAUGCGAACGUGAACGCAAACCCAAGCGUGAACACGAACCCAAACGUGAUCGCUGACGCUAACUCAAAAGUGAGCGCAAACCAAAACGUGAAUUCAAACCCAAACAUAUACGCGCACCUAAACGUAAACAUGAACGCCAACUCAAACGUGAAAUCGGACCAAAACGUGAACGCAAACCCAAACGUGAUAGCUAAUCCAAACACGUGUGGACCUAAAUAUGAACUUGAACUCAAAUGA